AUGGCAGAGGUAGCUCAACCUAUGGAACAGCCAAGCCUCAAGGCUGAAGCUCCCUUACCUUCAUCGCCAACCCAGAAGCGGAAGCGAGCCUCAGAGUCAGCUUCACCGGACUCGCGCCGCUCCAAAAGGGGCGCUGUCGCCGCACCCAACAAUGUUCCUGUCCCUGUCCCUGUCCCUGUCGCUGAAGAUCCAUCAGGACAGCUCUAUAUGGAUAGCGCCAUUGGGGCUUCGGCUCCCCAGCCUGGGUCUGACAACAUCAACGCGGACGACUUCUCGGCUCUUCAACAAGCCACAGUCGAUCAUGGCGAUGUAUCUGACCCUGCCAAUGCCUCUAGCACCGCAGCGGCAGCGCUUGGAUCCAUGUAUCCGACUCUCCAUGUCCCUCAAACAACCGAGGAGACGUUUGCCGCCCAGGUAGGGGCCGAUACGGAGCACAAUGACAACUCGUUUGGCGUCACGCCCGAUGGGUUACCAAUGGAGUCGCCAAUGGAAGACAUGCAGCAGUCGCAGUUCAAUCAAUUGCAGCAGAGGAAUGGUCCCCAAAAGCCAGCCGUCGGUUCCGAGGAAUGGCACAAGCUGCGUAAAGACAACCACAAGGAAGUCGAGCGCCGUCGCAGGGAAACCAUCAAUGAAGGCAUCAACGAGCUCGCCAAGAUUGUUCCUGGCUGUGAGAAGAACAAGGGCUCAAUUCUCCAGCGCAGCGUUGCGUUCAUAACACAGCUCAAGGACAACGAGACGCAAAAUAUCGAAAAAUGGACACUGGAGAAGCUCCUGACGGAGCAAGCCAUUGCAGAACUAAGCCAGUCAAAUGACAAGCUGAAGACUGAAUGUGAGCGUCUGUACGGGGAGCUCGAAAGCUGGAAGCGGGUAGCGCAGGCCGCCGGUUUGUCUCCAGAACCCAAGGAGGAAACGGGCGCCACUAGCUAG